UACUCUAUUUUACCUCCCCAGUUAUUAACGCUGUGUGAUGUAAUUGGCCCCCUCGGGCCACCGUCUGCUCUCCUCUCCUCCUCCCUCCCCCCGUGAAGUGCUGCCACGUGCUCCUAGUCUGUUGCGUCUACUUUGAGAAGGAAGUGAGAGGAAGCCAGUCCAGUUUGGCCUCCUCGUUAUUCCCCCCCCCCUUUUUAAAAAUGAUUGUUUAGCUAACUCUGGCUGAUGCAUUCCUCCUUCCACACCAAGUACACGCAUGCUGGAGCUGAACCAAAAUAAAACCUUUCCUUGGCUCAGCUAAGAAAAAGAGGGGAGAAAAACGUUGGAUUGGUUAGAAGUUAAGAUAUGGAACAGCCUCCGUAUCCUGGGUAUGCCCCCCAGUACUGGAAUUCAUCUCCAAGAGCUUCCUAUCCAAAUCCAUAUCCUGUUGGACCAGAGCUUCAAGGCCAGGGAAUUGAUUCUUCCUACACAAAUGGUGUCUAUGGACCUUCAUAUCCAGCUCCUGGGACGAGGCCGCCAUAUCCCACACUCCCACAAUCAAACACAUACUACUCUUCAGAGCAUCCUCCUGCCACUUACUCCACAGAGUCUUCUAGCAUAUAUAGAACUCCAUCCCCAGCAUCAAACUGGAAUUACCCCCCUCCAGACUGUCCAGCUGAAGGUUCCAUGGUGAGGAGGCAGGUAGCGGGAUACUCCCCUCCACAGGCCCCAGGCUUUCCACUCCCACCCUAUCCAUAUGGCGAUUGCAAUCAUAGCAUUCCACAGCAGAGGCCACCCCCUCCUCAGCCAGGACUUCAAGAAGCAGCUUGGCAGACCCCUGGAGUUUAUGGAAUGCAGACCCCCUAUGGUUGGCCUCCUGCCCCAGCAGGACAUGGGAAUCAAUACAUCGCAGAGUCUUGGUCUGGCAGUGGUGCGUCUGCUCCACUUCCUCCAAAUAACCAUCCAAAGGACUCUUAUAGCCAAAUGGAUCAAGGAAUUAACCAACAUGGUUAUCUUCCUGAAGCCAAUAAUUUGCCUUCUGGGACCAUGAAUGACUACAAGCCAGCACAGCUUGACACUAAGCCAUCUGCUUCCAACCCCAAAGUGCAGUAUAGUGCACAGCCCCAGCUGUAUGAUAAUGUACAUAAGAAACCAUCUGUGAUUGACAAUUCUGUGAUUGACAAUGGAUCAGCUUCUAAAAUAAAUGUACAGCCUCCAACUAAUGUGCAGCCUGGAAUACAGAAGAUUGCACAAGUUAUGGAGGGAAUUGAACAGUUGGAAGAAGAGGUAGAUGAAUUUGUAGGUAAAAAGACAGACAAGGACUACUGGUUACUGGAAGAAAUGCUGACCAAGAAGUUGUUGGAACUGGACUCUGUAGAGACAGGUGGCCAGGACCAUGUGCGCCAGGCAAGGAAAGAGGCAGUUCAUAGAAUCCAAGCUACACUGGAAGAACUGGAAAGAAAAGGGCUUUAAUGUGAAUGGCAGCCUUAAAAUCCAGUCCUGAAAUUAUUAUAGGUCUCUGGCUUUUCUCUUGACCUCCAAAGCAAUAAGUGGGAAUGUACAUUUUGACUUUAGAAUAACAAACAUGGUAAGUCUGAAGCGAUUUAACCAAGGUGUCCGAUCUAGAGUCUAGUUUAGUAUGGUGGUUCUCCCAGUCAAUGAAUAGGAAGGGAUGAAAUUGCUGGCCCUGGUUAUUUUAAGGGUUUUGCUACCAAGGUUUUACCAGUCACAGGAUAAAAAUCACUGGGCCAGAGGAUGUUUUGGUAUUGGUGUUUACAUCUCAAAAAAGAGAUCUUGGAGCAUCACAGUUCCUUGUUAUAUUUUCAAGGUAGAAAAAAAAAAUCUUAAGUUGCAGUGCAGCACCAGUAAAGCCAAGACCUCAGGCUCUUUAGCGACUCUUUCCGUGCAUUAUUUACAGAUUCUUCCCUUCUUGUCAGAUAAAUUGUGUAACAUCUUUUGCGAUAUAGUAUGUUCAAGUGCAACCAUGCUGAUAAGCCAUGUAUCAGUAGGGCAACCAAGACCCAUGUAUUUUUCAUGUUAUUUCUCCCCACCCCUUAUUAUGCAGGUAUAAUCCACAAUCCUUUAAAAAAAAAAAAAAAGAUGGGAUAAGAAGAAGGAAUCUAGAAGAUGCUUGAACUGCUGCCACUUCCAACUAAUGAACUGAUUAAAAGGAUUUGGGGCCAGGAACGUUUGGUGAUAAAUGUUUAGUUGUGACAUACACUUUAUAUGUUACAGUUGCCCAUAUUCUGGUUUAAUCUGUUAUAGCUGAUUCUGAAGAAUCAGCUCCUGUAUCUGUGGAGGUCAAGUAAGGCUACUCCCAUGAAUCUUCAGUUCCUCACAGUGUGGCCCUGGUUCAAAAAGGCAAGAAAAGCACCUUUAAGCUUUUAAAACAUGCAUUUAUUGCAAGAGUUUGUAAAGAAGGGCACUGUGUCAAAUAACUAAAAUAAUAAAAUAGAUGUUAGAAGUGUCUGAGUGACAACUCCAUACAAUAUGUAAGACUUGUAAACCACUUUGGAAGUUUUUCUGGCUGAAAAGCAGGGUAUAGUUGCUUUAAAUAAAAGAAGAUUGUAUAUAAUGAUACAGAAAACACAUCUUAAAUAUGGUGUUGUAGUUCCUGAUUUCUUGUGCCCCAGUGCUCUGAAUAUCAGUAGCAAGAAAAAUAUAUGACUUGGCUGUAACAUUCCUUCCAUAAAUUUCAAGAGCCUAGUUUACGCUGUUUGUCGCCAUAUAUGUCCCAUGAACUCCCAAACAUUCUGUUUAUAUUAGCUGGUAGUUUAUGUUUUAAAAUGUUGCAUGGCCUUUUUCUGCUGUAAAUCUGAAGAGUUCAUAAACUUUAUAAAAUCAGGAUGGGAAUAUGCUAUAAAGAUAAUACAACUCAGCAAUGAAUAAAGCUCCAAGAACAGAUCAACCAAAUUAACUGUGCAACAAUUCUUUAAACUAUUGGAUAAGAAAACCACAUGUUCUCCAUGUCUUUUCUUAAGAAUACAGCUUAGUUCUCCACCCACAGUAGGAAAGAAACCUUCAUAAGAAAUCCAUGUUCUGUUUCUCAUAUUUUUACUCCUUUAAGAGUCACUACUGUUUUAGCAGUUUUAUGUGGAAAACUUUUCUGUUACAUAAGGAGAACAAAAAACAUACCUCAUUUAAUUUGUGUGUUGGCUAUAGUUGGGUUGUUCUUGUUCUCAACUUAUCCAAAGAAACUUCAGUUAAAUUUCAUUUUGUGAUUAUUUGCAUCAGUUACAUAGUAGUCUCUGAGGCGUUCAUGUGAUAUACUUUAAAAAGGAAGUGGUAAAGCAGUAUAAAAAUAAGAGAUGAUAGAAUUGUGAUUGAUUUAAGUUUGCAAUGUUAGGUUGGGUGUAUGUUUUACUAAAAUGUCCACAAUGUGGGACCAGGAAGAACAGAGUUCAGAGUCACUCUGUACUGAGAUGAGCGGUGAUAAAUUUGAAAUAUAAAUAAAGAACAGGAAUCUCACCAGGUGAUUUUGAGCCUGGCAUUCUCUUUCAGCCCUAACUGCCUUACAGCAUUGUUGGGAUAAAAUUAGGCCCCCAUGUAGGCAGCUUUGGGCUUUCUGAGAAAAGGAGAAAUAUACCUGAAAGGAGUAAUAAAGUGAUUUUCACUUUCAAAACUCUUUAUAUUGACCAUGACAAAAACAGUAGAGAUGGUAGAUAAAUACUAUAUGUUUUAUAUGUUGGAUCACUUUGCAAUUGAAUACAGUCAACUGUGUGAAGGAAGUGCACAUUUAUCUUUCUGCUGCAGAAUAAUGAAUGAACUGUCUUGAAUGAACUUGUAAAGUCUAUUUUUCUGCAUCUUAAUGUUUAAAAUAAAUGAAUCACAUUUGUUUUUAAACAAACAAUUUAAUGUGAAAUGCUCAGAAAUUUAAACAAGGUCAAGGUAUACUUUCUGAUCUCCUCCUUCCCCACUUUGUGUUUGCUGGAGAUAAGUGGAAUGCAUAUCUUAAAUCUUCCACUUUUAAGGCAAUGUAUUCUCAAUUACUGCCAUUCUUAAUAACUAUCAUGGUGUGCUUCAGUGUUUCAGCUAGCAAAAUGCAGUGUCUGUCGUAUGGAAUUUGCUCAAUGAAACGAUUACCUUGAUUACAAA